AAGCUGAAUACAGAGCUAUAGACGAAGUAGACAAGAAACGAGGUUAUGUUGGUUGACCAGUUGCCUUUAUAACAAACUUAACCCCAUCUGUACAAUUUAUAUUAAAAUCAAAGAACUCCGAUUUUUAAGAGAGACUGGUAUGCAAAUUGUUUGACCCUACAAGAUCCAGAAGGAGACGGCGAACACAUAAGCCUGCGCGAGAAUCUCGAGUGAACCUGGAGUGUCAGUCCAGCUCAGGCACCUUGGCAGAAUGUACCCCAUAGAUCCAGAGAGAUGCAGUCAGCGGAGGGAGUAUGGCGCACCAGAAACAUGCAGUCAGCAGAGGGAGUAUGAAGAACCAGAGAGAUGCAGUCAGCGGAGGGAGUAUGAAGAACCAGAGAGGUGCAGUCAGCGGAGGGAGUAUGAAGAACCAGAGAGGUGCAGUCGGCGGAGGGAGUAUGAAGAACCAGAGAGGUGCAGUCGGCGGAGGGAGUAUGAAGAACCAGAGACAUACAGUCGGCAGAGGGAGUAUGAAGAACCAGAGACAUGCAGUCAGCGGAGGGAGUAUGGAGAACCAGAGAGGUACAGUCGGCGGAAGGAGUAUGAAGAACCAGAGAGGUGCAGUCGGCAGAGGGAGUAUGGAGAACCAGAGAGGUGCAGUCGGCAGAGGGAGUAUGAAGAACCAGAGACAUGCAGUCAGCGGAGGGAGUAUGGAGAACCAGAGAGGUACAGUCGGCAGAGGGAGUAUGAAGAACCAGAGAGGUACAGUCAGCGGAAGGAGUAUGAAGAACCAGAGAGGUACAGUCGGCGGAAGGAGUACAGAGAACCAGAGAGGUACAGUCGGCGGAAGGAGUACGGAGAACCGAGCUCAGGACAAUGGAACGAUAGCCUUAAGAGAGACAACGGCCAGGCUGUGGCCAGAGAGCCCUACAGUGAAUACUCCAGCAUGAGGAGGACUAGAGAAGGUUGGGAGGAGUAUGGUAGCUCAUAUCAGAGGAAGCACAUCGUGGACCCGUCGUCCAGAGACUGGAGCGAAGGCUCAUUGAGGGGUAGCGGUGCUCCCUUCUCCCCAGACACAGAUGGGGACGUUGAUGGAGAUCCUCUGGAGCUCAGUGUGGAGGACCUAGUGGUCAUAGAGGAGAAGAGAGCUUGCAAGAAAGCUGUUCUUGCUAUGCCAAAGGUUAAACGCGGAGUUAAGGACAUGCCUAAAGCACAGACUGCAUAUGCAACAGCGAAGGACAUGUCUAAACAGAGGAAGGCGAACAAUACAACAUUUAACAGUAAUGUCGCGGACCAGGCCUCACGCAUAUGCCAACCUCUUAAACGGAGGGGGCUGGACAUUCUGAGUAAGGAUACCCCUGCCAAGCUGAAGAAACAAAACAAGAUGCGAGCAUUGGAGCUGAUGAUUAGCGCUCCCUUAGAAAAUGAAGAGGCCCGUCCUCUGAGACUGAAAGUGAAGGCUUUAAUGAACCAGCGACGCUCUCCCAACAAUGAGGAGGUGGUCCUGAAUGAUAAACGGCACAAUCAGAGGCCAGUUCAUUCACUUAGGACACAGGAGCAAGACAUAGCAGCCACAGGCUUCCAGCGCUUCCUCAAUGUCCUCAAUGAAGGGGUGGACAUCAACAAGCUCUCAAAGAUCGUCAACAACAAAAAUGGGUUACUCAUUGUGGGCGAGAAGCUACCACAAGUUUGGCCGACUCUGCCCGAGGGUCAUGUUGACUCCAGCAGUAGAUCCAAGUCUUCUCCAGUUGAGGAGAAGAAGAAGGUGAGGCUUGAGGAUGAGCAGCGGUACGAGCAGAUGCAGACCCUGCUGGAGAUCGUUGGGCUGGACUUGGGGGUUGAGGAGUUGGGUCAGCUGACAGACAGGACCAAUGACAGGCUGUAUGGGAAGAUGGGAGACUUGAAAAGGAAGUUCAAGAAUGAGAAGGGAAAAGAGAAAAAGGAGAGCGAGCCCUCAUUUAAACAUCUCAGUCCUUCCUCAUUACCAUCAGACAGCGCCAGCCCUAGCCCCCUUCUAAACCAGCACUCAAACAUGACCGUUGAAUACAGCAGCUCUAGUAACAGGGUAUGAGACAUAGAGAGACACAGAGACAGAUCUGAGAGGGACUGGCACCGACACUCUGGUACCAGAGACAAGGAAAGAGGGAAGGAAGAGGAUAUAGUCAGAGAAAUUGAGAG